CCACAAUCUUCACCGUGUCUUCGCUUCCUUACGCCUCGACGAUCUGUUAGACUGGGUUAGCCGAAAAGAGGUCCCCUUGUCAUCAUCCCGCCAAUCGCUAAGAAAAAGUACGGAGUACAGUACUUCACUUUCCACAAUUUCUGGCCCUCUCAGAUCCGGCCUCCACUAGCAUUUCUCUCGCCGCCAUUCAUAUCAAGAGCAUCUUCUCGUCGUUUACUUGUUCCCUGCAUACUUUUCAUCCGUUACCCGAUAUUCAAGAUCUCGCAGUCGUGAGUAGCUCGAGGUGGUCAAGACGUAUAGUGAGGGAUGCUUUGGUCGGUGUUGAACGGAACAACCCACCAAAAUCCCGCGACAAGACACCACAUAGAACGAGAAGACGAAAUGCCACGCGAAUGACCCGUCCUUACAUGAUACAAUUCAUCUCACAUCAUCACAAGAGUCAAGAGGAGGGCCGCAGAUAUCCUGGGAAUGGACAAACCUGUCAGCGACAAACCCUCGGAUUCUAUCCUGGAGCGCCAGUCGCUAUGCCUCCCCAGCCUCGAACCAGGUGUUUCCUUGCACCACGGAGAAACGGGCUUCGUCGAGAACCUAUCCAGGCAUUUUGCUUCCGCCGAAAACAAUGCUGCGGAGAAAUUGGUCUCCCUGAAACAAGAGCUGAGGGCUGCUGAUACCGAGACCUUCUGGAAAAGAUUGAUGGAAGGAAUGACCGAUAUCUGCCAGGCUCAAUAUGGAUUUGUCGCCAAACGGAUCUUGACCGACGAUGAGCAUUCUGCCGUGGAGAUGCCACCGUUGGGUGAACCUGGCUCGUGUCUUUUGGGCGUCGCUUUUUACUACAAUGACGGCGACCAACACAAGGCCAUGCAUCGAGAUUACAAAUACCUAGCAUGCGGCACUCCUUGUGGCUACAUGAAACACGACAAGGUCUUUCUCAUCCCCGAGCAGAUGAGCUCAUUCAUCACGCACAACCCCAACACAUUUCCCUUUCCUGCAGAGGGAUACAUGGGUGUACCGCUGUUUGCCGAUGGGAAAUGUUUUGCCCAUUUCGGCAUGAUGUGGACACAGGAUGGUCUAGACAAACGCGAGAAUUCCUGGGGCUACAUUGAGCUUCUUCUCCAUUCCUUGGAGGACCUCAUCACUCAGCGCCUGGUGGCCGGCGAAGGAUUUGCUAAGCCCCAAAUCACAAACAUGCCACGAUCGAAUCCGGUAAUCCCACGACAGGCUGUAACAGCCACGACACAGUCCUUGAAGCCGUAUGCCAAAAGCCUAUCUCACGAAUUGAGAACGCCAAUGCAAGGCGUGGUGGGAAUGCUCGAUGUCAUGCACGCGACCGUGCAAGAACAGAUAGAAGGUCUCUCCAGUCCCAGCAUGCGUCGCAUCUUCCAGACUUUGAAGGAGAACAUUGAAACGGUCCAGGACAGUUCCAAACGAGCGGUGGAAGCCGCCGACAACGUGGUCCAUGCAUAUGAUAUGAAUAUGGAAAUCCCAGACACUCCUAUGAACGAGAACGACUCUCCGGUCGCUACUGCCACCACCAACGGAGGCUACUUCGACUACAAACCUGCAAGGCUGAUAGAAGGGAGUGACAUCCAUGUGAAUCACUCUUACAAGCGCCGACGCAGCAGUCCCACUGCGUGGCAUUUUGGGAAUGCUUCGAAGAUCCGUCAGUUGAGUCGUUCGUCUCACAUUGAAGUUUCACCCAAAAGCACGACUUCACAUCCAGCCAACUCCAUAACACCAUAUACCGCGGCCUCUUCCGACGACCGCUUACCGACUAUCUUCAGCCCAGUGCCUGACGGGGUCACACCUAGUGACCUCAACACUCCGUCUACGAAAAUGUCCCUGGACAGUGAUGCAUUUCCCACUCCUGGGCUCAAAAACUGCAAGAUUCGCGAACUAAUUCCCAUGGUGAUCCAUGAAUCUCUCAGGGUAGGCGGUCGUCCCGAUUCUGCUAUUGGAGAGCCAAUCGACAAUGGCGAGAGAAUUGCUGUCAGGUCGCGAUAUUCGAACGGCGACAUCUCACAGAAAAUGAUUGAGUGGACGGUUGCGGAAGAUGUGCCCGAAACCCUGCUUGCGGAUGAAAGAGAUCUAGCCAAACUCGUGUCUGCAGUCUUUCUCAAUGCCGUAAAGUUCACCGAAGAAGGCUUCAUCACAAUGUCAAUACGGUUGUCCAGCAACCAACGCUAUCUAUCCAUAACCGUCAAAGACACCGGUGAUGGGAUCCCUGAGGACUUCCAACCGGAGCUCUUCAAGCCUUUCUCUCGGGAAGACGAUUCUUUGACCCGAUCGAAAGAGGGCUUAGGACUUGGGUUAUUAGUGGCGAAAGGACUGGCCAGGCGUCUUGGUGGAGAUAUCACACUUGUCAGGUCGGAAGUGUCAGGCCCUUUUCGUGGUUCUGAGUUCGAGAUCAAGAUACCUUUGGAACCAGGUGAAUCGUCUAGUCGGGUCAGUACGCCGAGAAGCAAGACCCCAGAGUUCCUAAAGAGCCAAUCUCGUCCAGCCACGGUCCUGCCAACUCCAGACCGAAGCUGCAGACGGCAAUCAGAGCAUCUGAAUGGACAACCCAAGUCUCCCGACACCUCUACCGGUUUCACUCUCAUGCCAGUACCAAAAUUCAAUGACGACAAUACAGCAGCUUCAAGCCCUCGCAAGAAGUCAGCGGGGCCUCGUCUACCACUCCGAACUGAAUCUUAUGAUCGGCACCUUGCCCAGAAGCAUCCGCUGACAUUCCUCGUUGCUGAGGACAACAAGAUCAACCGAAAACUCCUGGUCAGUAUGCUUGGGAAAUUGGGGUACAAAGAUGUCCAUGAAGCAUUCGAUGGCAAGGAGGCAGUCAGGAUCAUGAAAGAAUUGCAUGACUCGGCGAAAAAUGGUCGACCGAUUCCGAAUCAUAAGAAGAAGAGCGUCGACGUCAUCCUAAUGGAUCUUUGGAUGCCGGAAAUGGAUGGUUAUGAGGCCACUGAGCACAUACUGGCCAUGUUUCAGAACCCCGAUCCAUCGAAAGUGGACGCCGCCACUGCACCAAUCGUGCUCGCCGUCAGCGCUGAUGUUACGGACGAAGCCAUCAACCGAGCCACGCGCACAGGUAUGGAAGGAUUCAUGACAAAGCCAUACAAACUAAUGGAUUUACAAAAAUUGAUUGUGGAAUUCUGCAUUCGAAGCAAUACAAAAGCCUAGAUGUCCACUUGGGUUGGGAUCAAUUGAAAGACUCCUUCUGGGCAGGGCUUCAGACGCGUUUCACCGUUUUUCUGUACAUACUAUAUUGAUUGCUAGCGAGACUCAGAUAUUACGACCAUCCAUGAGCCAUAAAAAUACUAAAUGAGAUACCCAAUUAUCAGAGUUGCG